AUGACACCCGCAAUCGACCUUGAAGCUACUGCCAACCGUCUCGACUCUUACUCCCCUGCUGCACUCAAGAUGCAGCACCACAACUUGGACCACAUCCUCCACAAGGACACCGCCGACCUCCUCAUGGAGGCCAAGGAAGCUCAGCGUAUCAAGACGCUGGAGAUCAUGGAUGCUCGAGCCGAUCUUCUGCGCUCCAAGCUCAACGACGACGCUUCCAGCAUCACCACCGCCGUCGACUCCAACAUUGGCAGCCCCGAAAAGGUCGUCGAGGACUUCCACGACCCUUGCGGCCCCUUUGAAGGCCCAGAGAAGCUCCUUGAACUCUGGUUUGCCGAAGAACCCGCCGACGUCAGCACCUGUCGGUGGUCUGACCCGGACGCUCGCCACGACCACUUCGGCUUGCGCUCCGUCCCCAAGGCCGUGUGGGAAACCAUGCUCGACAUUGUCAAGUGCAAGGUCCUCAGCGUCAUUCACGGCCCUCACGUCGAUGCCUACCUUCUCAGCGAGUCGUCCAUGUUCGUUUUCCCGCACAAGCUCAUCCUGAAGACCUGCGGUACCACCACCCUCCUGCUCGGUCUCGAGAGGCUCCUCGCCAUCGCUGCCAAAGCUCUAGCCGGUCUCAACACUUCUGCUAGCUUUGUUAAGCUCUCCGCUCUCGAGACCAACGGCAACUCGGCCGACGACGACGACGACAACAACGACGAGGCCUCCACCGCCAUGUCCGACUCGAGCUUUAUCCAGGAACGCCAGCUCGGUGCCAUUGUCAAGCACGCCUUUUACAGCCGAAAGAGCUUCAUGUUCCCCGAGCGUCAGAAGGGCCCUCACCGCGACUGGAUGCUCGAGGUAGCCGUUCUCGACCGCUUCUUCAACUACGGCUCUGCUUACACGGUCGGAAAGAUGAACGGCGACCACUGGCUGCUCUGGAUGGGCUGCGAGGGCGCGCGUGAGGCCCAGGCCCCGCUUAUGGCCGCUACCGCCGUGGAGCGACCUCUGGCUCUGCCUGCUCCCUGUGUCGAGGAUCAGACGCUCGAGAUCCUCAUGACGCACCUCUCGUCGGCCUCGUGCGCCCGAUUUGUGUUUGACGAAGACCUUCCGCACCCUACUGUUGCCGAGUGCUACCCGCGCAAGCAGCUGACCGAUAUGGAAGCCUCGUUAUCUGCAACGUCGCUCGACAAGGGCCACGCUCUCGGUCUGGCGCUCUCCAACAAGCUCGGCCUCACCGACCUUUUCCCCGAGACCGAGAUUGAUGCGUUUGCGUUCGAGCCCUGCGGCUACUCUGCCAACGCUGUCAUGCCGCGCGGGGGCAAGAACGACAAUGCGGGCUACUGGACGAUUCACGUUACGCCUGAGGAGGAUUCGUCGUUUGCGUCGUUCGAGACCAAUGUCGCGCUGUGCUCCAACAGCCUUGCGUCUCGUGAGCAGGAGCAGACGACGCUGCAGCUGCCUACCAACUUGCCUUCGUUGGUGCGAAGGGUUGUGGACAUCUUUGAGCCGGGCAAGAUGUCCGUGACGCUGUUCGUGUCGACUUCCGAGGAGGAGGAGGAGGAGGUCGAGAGCGUUGGCGGCAAGGCUGUCCUGACCAACGAGGAUAUCCUGCACGCUCUGACGCUCAAGGGCUACAAGAGGACCGACCGAAUCGCGUACGAGUUCGAGAGGUACAACCUUGUCUUUGUGUCGUUUGAGCAGCGACGCUCUCACUGA